AGUUGGAAAAUUCGUUUAUAGUGGAUGGAUUUAAAAUAGAUUGCUGUACUAGAUUGAGUUAAUAAGUGUUUCUCCGAUAGGAUUCAAGAAUAAGUUUAUUAAAAUUUUCUCAGAGCAGAGUAAAAUCAAAUAAAUAAAAUAAACAAAGUGAUUGUGAAGGUUAUGUUUUAAGAUUGCUCGAAGAGAUUAUUUAUCUGGAGUGUACAGAUAUCUGCAAACUAAGGCGUCUCAUACACGUAAAUACUUUCUGAUAGAAUAUGGGAGCAACCGAUUUCAGCAAUGCGCAAAAGAAAUAUAUGGAAUCAUUAUUUGAGAAAUAUGGUGAAUUAAUCAGAGAUGAAAUGAGGAGAGAAAUUGGUGUGUUGAAGGAGGAAAUAAAUUCGUACAAGAUCAAGGUUCAUAGACUUGAGGAAGAAAAUAAAAAUUUGAAGGAAAAAAUUCAGCAGAUGGAUAAAAGAUCAAGAAGAAACAAUCUUAUUAUCUACGGAAUAAAGAGUGAAGGAAAUAACGUAGAGGAAGAAACGAAAAAAUUGUUGGAAGAUAAGCUUGAGAUAAAUUGCCCAGAAGAAAUUAUAAGAGAUAUUUAUAAAUUAGGAAAAGGGGAAUUAAGUCCGAUUUUGCUACAAGCGUACAACCAAAAGUCAAUUCAUCGGAUCCUGAAUUCAGCCCAUAAGUUAAAGAACUCUGGAGUUAACUUGGCUCCUGACUAUACACCAGAAGAGAGGGAGGCACGACGGACGUUGGUGAAACGUAUGAGAGAGGAAAAAGAACGAGGAAAUCAAUCAUAUAUCAGAGGAAACGCAUUGAUCAUCAACAAUCAAAAGCAUACAUUGGAGGAAAUAAUUGCAGGGGAAAAGGAGCGGGGUGGGAACAGAGAGCAAAACAGUGCCUCCACCUCCAGGGCAACCAGAUCGGCUAGCCAAAGAUCUCGCCAAUAGUUCAGGUGACAUAUUUUUUA